GCGGCCGGACGUGCCCGCCCGAGCGCCGGAAGCGGCGGCGCGCGGGGCGCCGUGGGAGCGUGAGCCCGGCAAGAUGGCGGAGUCUGCAAACGCCACCCACGAAGUCAUCAAUGCCACCCUCCACACUAUGCUGGCUGCUACUACCAAGUUGGUGGCACCUACACCUCCCAAGCCCAUCCUUCCAGUUCAGACUGGAGUCCAGGCACAGCAAGAGGAACAGUCUAGUGGCAUGACGAUUUUUUUUAGCCUUCUUGUUAUAGCUAUUUGCAUCAUAUUGGUGCAUUUACUGAUAGAAUACCGGCUUCAUUUUUUACCAGAGAGCGUGGCUGUUGUUUCCUUAGGUAUCCUUAUGGGAGCUUUUAUAAAAAUCAUAGAGGCUCAAAAGCUGGCCAACUGGAAGGAAGAAGAAAUGUUUCGUCCAAAUAUGUUUUUUCUGCUUUUGCUUCCACCUAUUAUAUUUGAAUCUGGAUAUUCACUGCACAAGGGUAAUUUUUUUCAGAACAUUGGUUCCAUCAUUCUGUUCUCAGUAUUUGGCACUGCAAUAUCAGCUUUCAUUGUAGGUGGAGGAAUCUAUUUCCUGGGCCGGGCUGAUGUAAUUUAUAAACUCAACAUGACAGACAGUUUUGCAUUUGGCUCUUUAAUAUCUGCAGUUGACCCCGUGGCUACUAUUGCCAUUUUCAAUGCCCUCAAUGUGGAUCCUGUGCUUAACAUGUUGGUUUUUGGAGAGAGUAUUCUCAACGAUGCAGUCUCAAUUGUCCUGACCAACACAGCAGAAGGUUUGACAAGGGAAAAUAUGUCAGAUGUAAGUGGAUGGCAAACCUUUCUACAGGCACUGGGAUACUUUCUCAAGAUGUUCUUUGGCUCUGCAGCACUUGGCACGCUUACUGGUCUUAUUUCUGCAUUAGUACUAAAGCACAUUGAUUUAAGGAAGACACCUUCCCUAGAAUUUGGGAUGAUGAUUAUCUUUGCUUACCUUCCUUACGGACUUGCAGAAGGGAUCUCACUCUCAGGUAUCAUGGCAAUCCUGUUCUCUGGCAUCGUGAUGUCUCACUACACACACCACAAUCUGUCCCCAGUGACACAGAUCCUGAUGCAGCAGACACUCAGAACUGUGGCUUUCAUGUGUGAAACAUGUGUUUUUGCGUUUCUUGGCCUGUCAAUUUUUAGUUUUCCUCACAAGUUUGAAAUGUCCUUUGUCAUCUGGUGCAUAGUCCUGGUUCUCUUUGGUAGAGCAGUGAAUAUUUUUCCACUUUCCUAUCUACUCAACUUUUUCCGUGAUCAUAAAAUCACUCCCAAAAUGAUGUUUAUCAUGUGGUUUAGUGGAUUACGUGGUGCCAUUCCCUAUGCCCUCAGCCUGCACCUGGGCCUGGAGCCCAUCGAGAAGCGGCAGCUCAUCGGCACCACGACCAUCAUCAUCGUGCUCUUCACCAUCCUGCUGCUGGGAGGGGGAACCAUGCCCCUCAUCAGGCUCGUGGACAUCGAGGACUCCAAACCACGCAAGAGGAGCAAGAAGGACGUCAAUCUUAGCAAGACAGAGAAGAUGGGAAACACUAUAGAAUCCGAGCAUUUGUCAGAGCUCACAGAGGAGGAAUAUGAAGCCCAGUACAUAAAACGCCAGAACCUCAAAGGGUUUAUGCGGCUUGAUGUGGAGUAUUUGAAUCCUUUCUUCACCAGAAGACUCACACAAGAAGACCUGCACGACGGGCGCAUCCAGAUGAAGACCCUGACCAACAAGUGGUACGAGGAGGUGCGCCAGGGCCCCUCGGGCUCCGAGGACGACGAGCAGGAGCUGCUGCAGCAGAGCGGGGCCGGGGCACGCUGAGCUCCGCGCGCCUCCCCGGGCCCGACUGCGCGGGAGCUGCUGAGCCAGGGCUGAGCUCCCACGUGUCCAUCCUGUGCUCCUUGUUUAGGUGAAACCCACAGCUCUGCUGUCGCUGUUCAGGAAGGGAAACCCACAAGGGUCAGACGCUGGGUGGGCUGAAGGAGGAACCUUUUGCUCAGACUUCACUGCGUAGCAAAUUCCAGGCAGCCCGAUGAAGAGCAGAACCAUCUGCCAUGGAAUGGUGACAUUGUUGAUGGGGAUGGGUUCUUCCCAUCCCAAAACGUGCUGCGACCACACGCUGCAGGACAGGGCCUGUGUGUGGCUCUACAAAACAACAAAUUGCACUUUACCUUUUAUAUAUAUAUAUAUAUAUAUGUGUGUGUGUGUAUAUAUAUAUAUAUAUAUGUGUAUAUAUAUAUGUGUGUAUAUGUAUGUAUAUAUAUAUAUAUAUUCAUUCACAGCAUGAAGAGUCUUGACAGUUUAUACUGUGAAUUUGUUUCAGCACUAUUAAGGGAAUCGGACUGGAGAAAACGUAUAAUUUAUGGAAUUUGCACAUUUUGAACCCAGAAAAGAUGCAUACCUUGACAAGAGCAGAUGUUGCACAUACAGGGAAUCACCUCUGAAAAUGUAGUUUUGUCACUUAAGAAAUCCUUGAUUUCUGUUUUAUGGGAUUUUUCGGUUUUUAUAGUAAGGGAUCUGAUCCACAGACUGAUUGUAGCAUGGUUUUGGGGAAAUGGGGGUCUGUGACACCACAGAACUGCGUUUGAAAUUGUUGUUUCUUUUCUUUGGCUAAAGCCAGUUGCAGUUGGGUUUCUAUAAUUGGCAGUUGCUCCUUGCUGCCACUUUGGCUUCAAAUCUUAGAAAAGAGCAGCUUCUGUUUUGCCUCAUUUAUGAAGUGUCCCUAACACUCCACAAUUCACCAGUGGAAUUUUUAAGCUUCAGUGGAAGCAAAAGCAGGACGUACAUGAGGAAAAAAAAUCUAAUCCAGGUACAGAAACAUUAAUACUGCACGUGGCUGAAGCAGCCUCUGCUGGGAAGUGCCAAACAGCUUCCUUUAAGCUGUCCCAUUUUUCUCUUCUGCUUAGACUGUUUCAGAAUCUGUGUUAUCACUGCGUUUGUUCUCCAUGGCCCAGUGUUUGCUCGGCAUUGCCAACACCUGAACGUGUUUGCUGCACGUUUUCCAUGGUGACACAUGCAGCAGUUUGCUCCCACUGCCAAAUUCCUCCUUGGUCAUUUGCGUAUCCACUGUCAGGAUGUGAAUUACAGUUCAGCACCCAAAUCUGACAUGCAAAUGUGCAUGUUUGUUUCUGAAGAUGUGAGACUUAGUUUUGGUCUGGUUUUGCUGAGUUUUUUAAUCCACUGCUUACCUACUGUGAGAAUAAAAGUUCAAGAAUGUAUUCAGAGUCCUGAA